AUGAACGCUGAUAUAUCCACAUGCAAAUCCGAGGAUUUCCUUGAGAAUUACCUACCCGACCACGAAAUCGAGUUCAACACCGUGAUUCAAGACCUCAAGAAACAGGGGAUGCUGGUUGCUCGACCUUGGUCUCUGAAACAGGUAGAAUCUUCGCCCGCCAAAAGGCCACCGUUUACGCAUACGUUUAAGUCUUUCAAAACUGUGUUCCUAUCCCGUACCACCAAUUCCACCCGCGUCAUGAAGACGCUGCAAACGAUCGGUAACGCCGUUCGUAAAGCGCUCGGCAGGGCCACAAAUUGCGAGGUCAACGACUGCUCCAUCAGAGUGGAGGGCAACCGGGGAUGCAUAACGUCGAACUUGGAUAGCACCUUGCAUCCCACGGACGUCGUAGUGCCGAUGGCAGCCAUUCCAGACGAUUCCGACGACCACCCAUCAUCGAGCCAGGAAACUCGGCGGUUGCUGACUUGGGGCUCUGAUAUUUUGGACGAGGAUGCUCGCCGCCGAUUUUGUUUUGCAUUGACGGUCGAAAGGACCGAAGUAACCCUUUGGCGCCUAUCCCGGUCUUAUAUCAUGAAGUCUACCCCAUUCGACAUGACUCAACACGCUGACCUUCUCAUUCGAAUGUUCGUCGCCUUCUUCUGCGCGCGCUCACCACAACUGGGUUACGAUCCCCUUGUCACUCUUCUUCCCGACAUGUCGUACGUCUAUGAACUCUCGUCGCACAGCCCCGAGUUCCCCCCGGUUUACUACAAGACGACUACCCUUCUCUGGGACCAUUGUCCACCUCUGGCCACUGGUCGGCACCUGCGUAUAUGGGAGGUUGAGCAGGUGUGCUCCCCGUCUGAUCCAACCAGAGUCCAGGGCACGACGUUGAAGGCCCUGAAGGAUGUGUCUGUGGACGCCGAUGCGCGACUGGAGCCUGACGUCCAGGACGAACUUUUCAACGACAUCGUGGAGCUAGCAAGCGACGACAACUGGCGCUUGAGACCCAUCUUGAAAGAUUUUCCUCAGUCUGACAUCGAUUCACUGGCGGAGGCGCUGGAGGAUGGGAACUUCAAGCAGUUUUUCUCCUGCAUCUCAGCCAAGCACUUCGGCGAGCCUGACUCGACAUUUCCUGCGUCGACCAUCCCCUUGAAAAGAUCUCAGUCCAACACGAGCCGUCAACCAAGGCGUCGUUGCUUUUUCAUUUACGAGCACGUCUGCACGCCGCUUCACGAUGUCAAGACCCUCGGCGAGGCUGUUGACAUCAUCAAGCAGUCAUUGAUACCUCUUCGACUCAUGUUUUGCGCAGGAUGGAUUCACCGCGACAUCAGCGCCGGAAACAUCUUAGCCGUUCGCUCAUCUCCAGACGCUCCGUGGCGCGUGAAGCUUGCCGAUCUCGAAUUCGCGUGCCGAUUCCCUGGUCCAACUGAAAGUAAGGGGAAAUUUACGGGGACACCCCAGUUCAUGGCUUCGGAGAUGUUGGACGGCGAGUGUAUUCUUCCAACGUUCGUUGGUGGGGAUGAAGAUGAGGACGAGGAGGCACCUAGUGACCCCAGCGUGCCCGCUGUACACAACUACCAGCACGACCUUGAGUCCCUUUGGUGGAUUCUACUGUGGUUAGCGACCACGAGGAUUAACCAGGACCUCCCGAAGAGAUUCGGCCAAAUUUACUUCCAACAGCGAGUCGACAGUCCGUAUGCAUCUACGCGACUCCAGCUCUUCCUUCAACCCCUCAUCCGCGCGCGAGAUCUCCAGGAAUCGUUACCCGAGAGUUUACAGUCCUCCUUCAUCACCAGCCUCGAUCGUCUGCGAUAUGACUUGUACGCGGGAUACGUCAGGCGUAAUCGGAGUUCCAGACAAGCUGACUCUGGCGCUUAUUCUCGCGUUCUGACGAAGCCGUUCGCGCAGUUCUUCGAAGCUUUGGAGGGAUCCCGGGAUGAAUGGGCAGGUUUAGAGCUGAUUGGGGAGGGCGACUCUUCGGAAUCGGGAUCCGUAGACAGCAAGGAGGGCGACGUGCAUCCGGAGGCAUCGGCUGCGCCAGUUUCUCUGCCUCCAAUACCACCACCAUCCCGAAAGCGCAGAGUAGCCGAUUCGGAGCAAACCCAGCAGCCUUCGAAAAGGGCUCGUAUGUCUCAAGCCGCGGUACCGCCCAAGAGAAAUGGCCCUAUCACAAGAUCGAUGACGAGGAAUGUAGGUCGGGUUACGCGGUCUAUGACCCGACGCCUUCAGAAGGAAAAGUAG